GCCGCGGGUCGCAGGUGUCCGGGGUGGGCGCGCGCUGCCUGCCGCUUGAGCCCCGAUGGCUGCCCGCGGUUUCGCCGACCGCCUCCGAGGCUCGCGGCGCUUCUGGAGCGGCUUCGUGGCCGGGGCCGCGCUGGGCGCCGCCGGGGCCGGGCUUGCGGCCCUGCCGCUGCUCCGGAGUCGGGGCUCAAAGCCGGCGCCGGACGGUUCUGUAGAAAAAGCUGUCUUGGAACAAUUUGGAUUCCCUUUAGCUGGAACAGAGACAAGGUGUUACACUAAUCAUGCCUUGUCUUACGAUCAGUCCAAGCGGGUCCCGAGAUGGGUUCUUGAACAUAUAUCCAAGAACAAGAUAUUAGGUAAUGCAGACAGAAAACAUUGUAAAUUCAAGCCUGAUCCCAACAUCUCUCCGACCUUCAGUGCGAUCAAUGAGGACUAUAUUGGAAGUGGUUGGUCACGAGGACAUAUGGCUCCAGCUGGAAAUAAUAAAUUCUCAUCUAAAGCCAUGGCUGAAACUUUUUACCUUUCUAAUAUCGUGCCUCAGAAUUUUGAGAAUAAUGCUGGCUACUGGAACAGAAUGGAAAUGUACUGUCGAGAACUGACAGAGAGGUUUGAAGAUGUUUGGAUAGUAUCUGGACCAUUGACUUUACCGCAGACUGGGAGUGAUGGAAAGAAAACAGUUAGUUACCAGGUGAUUGGCCAGGACAAUGUGGCUGUCCCCUCGCAUCUUUUCAAGGUGAUCCUGGCUCGCAGAAGCCCACUGUCUGCAGAACCACUGGUGCUCGGGGCCUUCGUGGUCCCCAAUGAAGCUAUCGGCUUCCAGUCCCAGUUAAGCGAAUUCCAAGUGAGCCUCCAGGACCUGGAGAAGUUGUCCGGGCUUGUGUUUUUCCCUCGUUUGGAUAGAACUAGUGAUAUCAGGAACCUCUGCUCUGUGGACACCUGCAGGCUCCUGGACUUCCAGGAGUUCACGCUUUACCUGAGCACGCGGAAGCUCGAGGGAGCUCAGACCGUAGUCAGGCUGGAAGCCAUCAGGGAGAAUCUGAGGAACGCGGGCAUUGAGCCUGAUGAUUACUUCCUGAAGCGCUAUGAAAAGAAAUUAGAAGAACUCAAAGCUAAGGAGCAGUCAGAAAAGCAGCCAGAAAACCCAGAGGAAAAGCCAUCUUAGUCUUAGUCCCCGGAGCUGUGGGGCGCGGUGACAGCCACGUCCUGCGCAGGCUGGCCCUCUGCAAGGCACUCCCCCUGG